AUGGAGUCCCACUUUAGUGACGCCCACCACGAGCCAAAAAGACCGAUGGAGGACCCUUCCUCCGAGAAGCUUCGCGCUCCACCUGUGUCCUGGCGGCCUCAGGACGAAAUCUGUGAGCCUGUCGUGCUCCACAUGGAGACCUGGGUGGCCGAAAGGGUUUUUGGCCGAAUGCAACCCUCAGUCCCAUCCGAGUGGUACGAUGGCUCGAUUUGGAUGACCGUGGACACCGGCGGCUCUGGGAACGUGGCUGAAAUCACCAUAUAUGGAGAACCCUCUCUACAGCGUCGAAUGAAAAAUGUAAUCUUGCACUUGGAAGCAAGGCAUAAAAAUGAAGACUUCAAAAGAGCAUGGACAAUGAAAGAACUUGAGAAAUUCUUGAGGACCCAUUCCCCAUAUGCAAACUGCCCAGCAAGAGGCACUUACUGA